CUGUCAUCCGGACAAACAGCCUCCUGCUGUCGCCGCUGUCGCUGCUCUGUCGCUGCGUCCUCCUGUCCCGUGUGUGUCCUGAGGACAGAAAGAAAGACAGAAGUAAAGAAAGAGGGGAGAGAGAAAAGUGGACUGCAGCUACAGCCACACAUCCGUAUGAGGGAGUUACAACUUCUCAUUGUCUCUCGGCGCGUGCUUUUCACUCACUGAAGGAUACGAGUCUUGUGACACUGUGCUACUUGAAGGUAAGCCAUGGAGGAUGGGAAGCCUGUGUGGGCGCCCCACCCCACCGACGGGUUCCAGCUGGGUAUGAUCGUCGACAUAGGAGCCGACACACUCACCAUAGAACCACUGACCCAGAAGGGCAAGACCUUCCUUGCUCCUAUGAGCCAAGUCUUCCCAGCAGAGGAUGAUGUCAACAAACUUGUAGAUGACAACUGUUCCCUUAUGUACUUGAAUGAAGCCACACUUCUCAACAACGUCCGAGUGCGCUACAACAAAGACCACAUUUAUACGUAUGUGGCUAAUAUCUUGAUAGCUGUGAAUCCUUACUAUGACAUCCCCAAACUGUACGGCCCUGAUGCCAUCAAGUCAUACCAGGGGAAGUCGCUGGGCACGCUGCCACCCCACGUUUAUGCUAUCGCUGAUAAAGCCUACAGGGAUAUGAAGGUUCUAAAAAUCAGCCAGUCUAUCAUAGUCUCUGGUGAAUCUGGUGCUGGCAAAACUGAAAACACCAAGUUUGUCCUCAGAUACCUGACCACAACAUAUGGAAGUGGUCAAGAUAUUGAUGAGAGAAUUGUGGAAGCAAAUCCUCUCCUCGAGGCCUUUGGAAAUGCAAAAACUGUCCGGAAUAAUAAUAGUAGUCGUUUUGGGAAGUUUGUGGAAAUCCACUUCAAUGACAAGAACGCAGUGGUGGGUGGAUUUGUCUCCCAUUACUUGCUCGAGAAGUCAAGGAUUUGCAUGCAGAGUAACGACGAGAGGAACUACCACAUCUUCUACAGGCUGUGUGCAGGGGCGUCCGAGGACAUCAAGAAGAAACUGCACCUGGACUCUCCAGACAGCUUCAGGUACCUGAACCGAGGAUGCACCAGAUACUUUGCCAGUAAGGACUCUGAUAAACAAAUCAUGCAGAACCGAAUGAGUCCUGAGCAUCUAAAGGUCGGCGCUCUGAAGGACCCUCUCCUUGACGACCAGGGCGACUUCAACAGAAUGUGUGUGGCCAUGAAGAAAAUCGGUCUGGAUGAUACAGAGAAGCUUGACCUGUUCAGGGUGGUUGCUGGCGUUCUGCAUCUGGGCAACAUCGACUUUGAAGAGACGGGGAGCUCCUCGGGUGGUUGUGUCCUAAAAAAUCAAUCAGGCCAAACUCUGGAGUACUGUGCAGAUCUGCUUGGUCUGGACCAGGAUGAUCUCCGUGUCAGCCUCACUACAAGAAUCAUGCUCACGACAGCAGGGGGCGCCAAAGGAACAGUUAUCAAGGUGCCGCUAAAGGUGGAACAAGCAAACAAUGCCCGCGAUGCCUUGGCCAAGGCAGUUUACAGCCGUCUCUUCGAUCACGUGGUCAAACGGGUAAACCAGUGUUUCCCCUUCAAGACUUCCUCCAACUUCAUCGGAGUGCUGGACAUCGCUGGGUUUGAAUAUUUUGAGCAUAACAGCUUUGAGCAGUUCUGUAUCAAUUACUGCAACGAGAAACUGCAGCAGUUCUUCAAUGAGCGUAUUCUCAAAGAGGAACAAGAACUCUAUCAAAGAGAAGGACUGGGAGUGAACGAGGUCCAUUAUGUUGACAAUCAGGACUGCAUAGACCUGGUGGAAGCAAAGCUGGUGGGAGUCCUGGAUAUUCUGGAUGAGGAGAACCGUCUCCCUCAGCCCAGCGACCAGCACUUUGCACUGGCUGUUCACAGCAAGCAUAAAGACCACUUCAGACUGACGGUUCCCAGAAAAUCAAAGCUGACCAUUCACAGGAACCUGCGGGAUGACGAGGGCUUUAUCGUCAGGCACUUUGCUGGAGCAGUCUGCUAUGAAACAACUCGUUUUGUGGAGAAGAAUAACGAUGCCCUCCACAUGUCUUUGGAGAGUUUAGUGUCUGAAUCGAAAGAUAAAUUUGUUCGAGAGCUGUUUGAGAACGCCAACACCGCCAAGGACUCGAAGCAGAAGGCGGGCAAACUGGGCUUCAUCAGCGUGGGCAACAAGUUUAAGACCCAACUGAACCUGCUGCUGGAGAAACUUCGCAGCACUGGCUCGAGUUUCAUUCGCUGUGUAAAACCCAACCUGAAGAUGGUCAGCCACCAGUUUGAAGGAGCUCUAAUUCUCUCGCAGCUGCAGUGCUCAGGCAUGGUGUCAGUGCUGGACCUGAUGCAGGGCGGAUUCCCCUCCAGAGCCCCCUUCCAUGAACUGUACAACAUGUAUAAAAAGUACAUGCCAGACAAACUGACACGACUGAAUCCACGACUCUUCUGCAAGGCUUUGUUCAAAGCUCUGGGACUCAAUGACAACGACUUUAAGUUCGGACUGACCAGAGUGUUCUUCCGCCCUGGAAAGUUUGCCGAGUUUGACCAGAUCAUGAAGUCUGAUCCGGACCACCUCGCCGAGCUGCUGCAGAAAGUCAACAAGUGGUUGAUGUGUAGCUGCUGGAAGAAAGUCCAGUGGUGCUGCCUGUCGGUCAUCAAACUAAGGAACAAGAUGAGUUACAGAGCUUCGGCCUGCAUUAAGAUUCAGAAGACUGUCCGCAUGUGGUUGUGUAAGAAAAAGCAUAAGCCACGCAUUGAUGGUAUGGUCAAGGUCCGAAAUCUGAAGAAACACAUGGAGCGCUUCAAUGAGGUGGUAAACGGGCUGAAGGAGGGCAAACAGGAGAUGGCCAAACUGGUCCAAGAGUUGGCUUCUGCCAUAGACGCCCUGUUAGUCAAGAUAAAGACCACAAUGAUGACUUGGAAAGAGAUUGACACUGAGUACCAGGGGCUGGUGAAACGCUCCGAGCAGCUGCUCUCCUCCAUGCAAAAGAAGAAGCAAGAGGAGGAAGAGAGUGAGCGACUGAAGCACAUUGAGGAGGAGAUGGAUAAGGAGAGGAAGAGGAGGGACAAGGAAGAGCAACGACGCAACCAGGAGGAAGAGGACAGAAGACUGAAAGCAGAGAUGGAGCUGAAGAGGAAGCAGGAUGAAGAGGACAGAAAAAAGAGGGAGACAGAAGAGAAGGUUAUACAGGCAGAGUUUGAAGUCCAGCUUGCUCUGGAGCGUGAGGAGCAGGUCCAGCAUGCCACCGUAGUGGAGCAGGAGAGGAGGGACCGGGAGUUAGCCAUGAGAAUCGCUCAGAGCGAGGCGGAGCUGAUCACAGAGGAGGGACAGAUUGACGCAAGCCUGCGCAGGGGUCCCCAGGUGCAGGCGACAAAAGCUGCUGCUGGUGUGAAAAAGUACGACCUCAGCAAGUGGAAGUAUGCUGAGCUGCGAGAUGUCAUCAACACUUCUUGUGACAUCGAGCUGCUGGCGGCCUGCAGAGAGGAGUUCCACCGUCGGCUGAAGGUGUAUCACGCAUGGAAGUCCAAGAACAAGAAGCGCAACGACGACUACAGUGACCAGAGGGCUCCCAAAUCUGUCACCGACUAUGCUGAGCAGAAUCCGGCCCCUCCAAUGACGGCGCAGCAUCAGGAAGUGGCCAUGAAUCGCCAGCAGCGCUAUUUCCGCAUUCCUUUUAUCCGGCCCGCUGACCAGUACAAGGACCCGCAGAAUAAAAAGAAGGGCUGGUGGUAUGCACACUUCGAUGGGCCCUGGAUAGCCAGGCAGAUGGAGCUACACCCUGAUAAACAACCCAUUGUGCUGGUCGCAGGUAAAGACGACAUGGAGAUGUGCGAGCUGAGUCUGGAGGAGACGGGGCUGACCAGAAAGAGGGGGGCGGAGGUCCUGCCCAGACAAUUCGAAGAAAUCUGGGAACGCUGCGACGGAAUCCAGUACCUGAAGAAAGCCAUCGAGAACAAGCAGGCCCGCCCCACCUACGCUACAGCCAUGCUCCAGAGUCUCCUCAAGUGAAUAAAGGGCGCACAACCACUAGUUUAGUCCUGAUACAUGACAGCGAUACGCACAUUAAAAGGUGCUGUACCACGUAAUAGUGAAGAGAAGGAAAUGCAUGUCUGCAUGUCAUUUGUUUUCACUUUUCCUAUUGUUUAUUUUGCAGUGGAACGCCUCAUUGUUGUAUCAUUAUUAACAUUUGUUCUUUCCUUCAAUCUGAGCUUGAAAGCAAUUUCCCACUGAGGCCUUAAAAUGUGACUAAGGAAGUCUUAAGUGGUGUGUGACCUGUCUACUUUAGCUUUAAACCGGAAACAGUUAACAGUCUCAAAGAGGGACAAAAAAAAAGUUAGUUCUUCAGAUUAUGCUGUGCAACAUUCUUGCCCUUUAAGUCACAAUUGAUCAAGACUUAAGUAUAAUUAUCAUGUCAUAUCAACGUCUAUGAAUAAAGACGAAUGAACACCUCAUGAAUGUACGGUUAUACAACCAAGAGAUGGAAUGUUAUAUGAAUAAAUAUCUAUGUAUCACAUCU